CAAAAAUAUCCCAGCUUUGAACUACACAAACCAAAAGUUCAGAAAACAUUUCCCAAAGGUUUAGCUGAAAAUGAAAACAAAAUCUGAUUAGUUAAGAACUGAUGAUCUUGUUUUUAACUAAACAGAUCAAUAUUUGAAGAUAACAGCCAUGGACUCCACAUUUGAAGGAAGCACACGUCAUGGCAGCAAUGAAGACCAGCUCAACCUAAGACCUCCAUCCUUAUCCCAUAAGGGGCAUACCAAACCGGAAGUGCAAUUCAAAACUACGCCGAGACUUAAUGACCGCAAGACGAAGCCUGCGCCAAAGUUGAAGAAGAAGCCCCUGCGGUUGGAGAAAUAUCCCGAACUUAGGAUCAGGUUUGUGGAGCCGCUCUUCGCCGAUCAGGAACAAACCUUACAGAAAACUGUCAAGGAGCUGAUGGAACCAGGGAAGGGGAUCCUGGCAGUGGACGACUCGAUCAGGCUUCUUGAAAAAAAGUUGAAACAAGUUUUUGCUGAGCCCAAAGAAGAUGACAGGCGUAGGUAUCUGGAGAUGUUGCUAGGCGCCAACCAUCACAUGAGGCUGUACCUCAGCGGCGUCGUCUUCAGAGAAAAAGUCAUAGAUCAGAGAGGAUACAUGGGGAGGCGUCUGGUAACGAUUGUCAAGGAGGCUGGACUAAAACUUGGCAUAAGGGUUGACAGAGCACUGGUGCCCAUACCUGGCACAUUAGGUGAAUGGGCAACGGAUGGACUCGACACUUACGAAGACACCUGCGCAAGGCUGAAAAACAUUGGGGCGGAGUUUGUCAUGUGGAGGUGUGUCUACACCACUACCGGACUGAACACGCCUUCAAAUCUCGCACUGCAAGUGAACAGCAACACCCUGGCCAGGUUUGCGAGCAUCAGCCAGAAGAUGGGCCUGGUGCCCAUUGUGGCCGUAGAGGUGCUGUGGGAGCCUGGUCAAAGCGCUGAAGAUUGUCAGAACGUUGUAAGGCAGAUAUUGUCCUCACUGUUCAAGUCGUUACAAGAGCAUCAAGUCUUUAUAGAGGGGACCAUAGUACGUGUGCCGGCCAUCUACCUACCCAACUAUACUGCCCAGACAAUAGCAGAUGUUACUAUGAAUGUGGUCAAUCAAACACUGCCCCCUGCAAUCGGAGGACUGUAUUUCUCCAGUCUGAAAGAUCUCUCCCUGUCUCUGGUAGUACUAGACGCCAUCAAUAAAUGCCCUAUCAAGAAGCCAACCAUUAUAAGCUUCUGUUUCAGCAAUGUCAUCCAGGAAGGUGUCCUUGACAUCUGGGGCGGAAAUGACAAGAAUGUCACCAAGGUCAUCGAUGAGCUACUUCGGAGGUUUAAGUCUUGCAGUAUUGCCGCCAUGGGUCAGUGUCCAGAACCGAACCAAACAAUUUUCGUCACAAACAUCACAGUACUUUGAGUCGCCAACUGACCAAAAUAAAAAAAAAAGAAGCACUUUGGAGGAGCUGAUGACUAACAGCAACGUCCUUUGGUUUAGACCAAACAAUUGAAACAAUAAACAAACAAGUCAAAAAGAGCAACUAGCUUCACCUAAUUCAGGGGUUCUCAACCUGUGGGUCGCGACCACCUUGGGGGUCGAUUGACGAUUGGCCAGGGGUCGCCAGAGACCAUCGAAAAAAUGAAUAGUUUUGUCUAUUCUUCUAUUGCUGUGUGGGAAGGGGGGGGGAGUGGGAUUGUAAAGAGGGGUCACCGAGCUUAAAAGGUUGAGAACCGCUGACCUAAUUUAAUACAAACCUUAUACUCUGUCUGUCCGGUAUCUAUUUUGAAGGGAAAUAAAUCUUACAGUAUUGAGACAUAUGUCUGUAAAUGUACAGUUCUUUCCCGUAUUAUACGCCUUUGUUGUUUUUGUUUCUAUACAGUGUUUUUAUUUUUUUUAUAAAAAGAUACAUAAUCUGAUUUUCCGUUACAACGUUCAAGCGUAUUACUAAAUACCUUUACCUAUAUAGCCUGCUACAACACAGGAAUGGCUUGAUUGCUAAAGUCAAAAAUGCUUUUUGCUGAGUAUUAGACAUUAGGCGUAAAUAAUUCGUUGAUCAUUUAAAUUAGGUAUGACACUUGUAAAAAUUUUAUUUACCAAUCGUGUAACUGGUGCACCACCAACUCAUCUUCGACUGUCUAAUUUAUAUUUAUAAUUUAAUUAAAAGAAAAUGGCGAUGGAACAGGUGUAAAGAAGAUAUGGAAAUCUAGGUAUAGUUUGUAAAAUUAAAAUGGGGGGUUUGGGGGAAAGAUCGGACUAAGCAUUUCUUCUCGACUAACUUUCAUAUUAUGCAAAUGAGCCAAA